GAAAGCUCUUCGAUCACCUCUCUCAACUUGAGAAUCCUGCAUCUCUAAACUUUCACACAUCGACAUAAACUCACUGGCUUUCCUUCAUUCAUUUGAGCCAUAUUUACUGCUACGAUACUCUUAGCUGCUUCAUUAUCUACAUUCCGCAACGAAGCCAUUCUCGAUCCGCCUUUCGGAACGCAAAACCAUCUCUUCAUCUCAAUUUGCUACACCGCAACCAUGCGUAUCAACCCUCACUUCGGGAAACUGCCAAAGCUCAGAUUUCGGAGGGAGUCACCAAACAGUCCCUGGAAAUUUGUCACGAGAGUCUUUGAAUCAAGCCAGGGACAUGCUCGCAGCCCACAAGCAGAAGACCACCACCUUGCGUUGGAGUCACAAACAUUCAAGCAGGAGGACCAGGCUGAAGAAGAAACAUGCAAGAUCCCACUGGAAAUACGCUCAUUCGUGCAGGAGGAUCCGGGUGAGCUAGAAACACCUAAGAUACUAGAGAAAGUCAAACGGGAAUCACCUGCGGUUCCGGAUCAGGUCGACAGGGCAUCACCCACAACCCCAUUGGACUUACAAUUAUCCAUACAGGAGGAUCCUGUGAAACGCAAAGCGCUCAGGGUCUCAGACAUGAUCGAACGUGAUCCAGCCACGGUAUCAGAGGAGGUCCACCGGGCAUCAUUUCAAGUUCCAAAAAGAAUCAAGCGGGCACCAAGCACAAACCCCAAAAAGAUCGAACGGAGACCAACUCCAGUCCCGGAUCAAGUCGAACGUCCUCGCAAGCAACGCUCACUCGGACCACAGAUCGACUCUUGUGUGAUCCCCAAACACCUUCGAGAUACGGUGAAGCGAGAUUACUGGGACAAAAACUUCGGCCGGGAUUCUGUCAAACAAGGCUAUCUCGAUGAAGAUGUCACCGAUGAGAAGCUUACAGGGCACUACCUGCUAUCCGCCCGUCAGGAUCCCAAACUGGAAGUUGUCAGAUAUUCCAGGGUCUCGAGGAAUGGCAGGAUCGAAAAGCCUGAGCUUCGAAAGAAACCACUAUACCACCGCGGCGAAUUCCCGGAAGAGUUGGACAGUCCUACGUUGUCAUGGGCUAUAGCGACGGCCGAGAAUAAAUAGUUGAAACGUUCUGUGGCGAGAGCUGAACGGCUUGACGAUCAGCUUACCAACGAAGGAGGCCUUAUGUCUGCGCUGAGACAAAGGCGUUCAGAUCCGAAACUAGCAAAUGAGUAUGAGGGAGCCUUUAAGCAGUGGGAUUCAGAUUUGGCGAGGAGUAUUCCGG